GCCAUGAUAGCUCUGCCGUACGGUGGGGUAAUCACUGGUUUCAAGUGGCGCAAUUUGUUAUAAAUUGAACCGCAGCCCUGGCUUUAAAAUAAACUACUCUUAUCAAUUGCGCAGCGAUCUAUACUCCUUUACAAAGACCGUGAAAAGACCAGUACCCUAAGAUGAAGAUCAGACCUACUCAGGAUAGAUUGAUGGUUAGGGUGAGAGAUGACUCUGCAGAUGCGGCAGAUUCUUCCAUUCCUGAGACCAAGAGGGCGAAGCCUAUUGAGGGAAAGGUUGUGGCAGUCGGCAAUGGAAAGGUGUUAGAUGAUGGAACUGUUCAGCCCUUGGAGGUCAGAGAAGGAGAUACCGUGCUGUUUUCCAAGGAUGCUGGAACGGAGGUCAAGGCCGAUGGGGAAAGCUACAUCAUACUUAAGGAAGAUGAAAUCAUGGGAAUUAUUGAAUCUUGAUAUCUCAUGGCCUUGUAUCUGAUGAUUUUGUUCUUUAUUCAUGGAUCAGGCCUCGAUCAAGUAAAGUAUAGAACUUCAUAUACGUAGUAAAUUCUGUAUAGAAUCAGAUCAAUUUCU